AUGGACAUCGCUGUCGAGGAGUUUUGCGAUUUUCUCUCCCUGCGUGCACUUCCCGGCUGGAUCAUCGAUCAGAUACGGAUAGGUUCCGAGGAGGAGUGCGCCCUUGCCCAGCCGUCAGGAGAGAAGUUCUUCACCGACCAUGGGCUAGCAAAGCUGGGCAUCGCUCACCCGCUCCAUCGUCGAAGAAUACUUCGCGAGCUAGAGUGUUUGCAUCAAAUUAAGCAUCCUGAAAGCGUGGCAGCGAAGUCCGGCUGCACUUCCCGUCCGACUACUCCAUCGGAAUGCUCCCAGGCACUGCGAGACUUGCGAGACUUGCAGCAGCUGUGUCUAAAGCGGCCGCGGAGGCGUGCACGAAGGCGUUCCUUUGAGCAGGACAUGCGAUGGCCUUUUCUCUUGAUCGAAUGCUUUCCACAGAACACUCAGAACACUGCCUCGAAGGCAGCCACGGAGCCUUCAGAUUACGCAAGCCGAGGAGAGAAUUCACACGCCAGACGCCGCCAGAUGAAGGCGUCUACCCUGUUUGGGGCCUCCGACAGCACCGACACACAAGCAGAGGCGCCAAUGACAGCACAGUCGACUCAACGCUCUUCCGCAGCUGGGGAUCAGCAGAAAGCAGAGCUUUACGGUCGUUUGGAUGGUGCCGAGCAUUUUCCGGAAUUAGAGGAACCGGAGGAGGUAGAGGAAGAGGAAGAGGACGAUGUUAUGGGCUGGGAUGCAUGGCUUCAGAGCCGCUUGCACUCCUGGGGGAUGUUGUCACUGGUAGAUGAUGUUCUGCAUGCUGCCUGCAAGGGAAAUCUGUCUGUCUGCACAGACAUGAUGGACAAGGUGGCCAUGCACGGAGGUGAGUUUCAGCAGUCUUUGGCAAAAACCCCACUGCCAUCGUACAUACAUGCUGCCCUUGUCCUGCCACCGCAUGUGGUUGCUCCAGCCAACAUUUGGGAUUGGCUGCUUUGGCGCCUUGAUCUCUUGGAGGAAGCAGAGUACCGCAUCACUACCCUGCUUGGAAAGGCCUCGAACCUGCUCGAUUCGAUUAUGGGCGCUUCUGGCCGCGGCCCCAUGCGAACAGACUCGGUGAAGCAAAGCUCAACAGACAGACGCCGAACCGUAAACGUCAAGAAGCUGAUGCAAGUGCAGGGGAUGCUGACCUUGCAGACACCAGAAACCCCGGCAAGGAGCAACAGCAAUCAGCCUUCAAGGAAUAACAGUGUUGGAAGCCAGCCCCCAGGAAGAAGCAGCAGCGUGAACAGUAAUACGGAUGGUGCAUCAGAGAAAUCCGGUCCGAAGAUGUCAGGCUUCCAAAGAUUCAAAAAAAUCGCGAGCCUGGUUCUCUCCCACGUACGGGCCAAGAAGCAAGACGGUAUGGUCUUGAAUACGAAGCUUUUGACAUGCAUAUCAAUGCAAACGAAGGUGACGCAGACUCAAGAUGAGUUGGCAGCCUUAUUAAAGGAGGUAGAUGAAUGGCCACCACUCAUCAGUCAGAGCCGCGGCGCUUGUGAGGAGAUGAGGGGUCGGCUUCGCGAAGCUUCGCAAACCCUUUUCGAGCGUUUCGUGGACCUGCGACAGCAUAUCGAGGUCGAGCUGCGUGAGGUGACUCUCGGUGAUCAAGGCAUCGUAGACUGUCCGCAGCUCGAAGGCAAGAUCAUCGACACUCAGCGUGAGCUCUCAAGCUCCCUACUACUGGGCGACUUUGCAUUGCAGAGGGCGGACCAGCUUGGUGUGAGUCUGCGGGCUCAAGGAAUUGAACCACCCCCCAACCCUUGGGAAGGGUGUGUUCAACUCGUGGAGCCACCCUGGGAAGGAAGCUUCCUGAGAGCCUUGAGAAAGCUGGAGCCGCUGAAGCGGAACUUGAAUGUUCGCAGGCAGGGAACGACAUAUGUGGACUCCGUUCUUCAUUCAGCCUCGGAGAAAAGAAGGAGCUUGAAGACGCCGCCCAAACAUCUGCGGGCAGGAUUGUCAAUUCCUGAAGAUCUGCUAGCGGUCUUGCGUGAGCACAUUGACAACUACGCAGGCUAUGGGAUGACCGUGCCGGACAGACUGGAUGCUGUAGAGCCCUUCCUCAAAGACUUGUUCGAGGAGCUGCGGUGUCGAUGCGAAGAGGAGAAAAUGCAAUAUGACUUGGCAGGACAGAGUCCAUCCACGCACAAGGCUAACUUUUGGUUGGCCCACACAGAUCCUGAACGAAUAUCAGGAUACAUCUUCAAAUCGCGAUUGUUUCUCCAAGGGUUUGAUGACUUCCGCUGCGGAGGCCAAAUCUCAAAGGAGCAGCUGCGCUUUGCAGUGCUGGUUCAGCACUUCGUGUCGCAGGAUACGCUGGAUUUUCAACGAACACGUGCACAAAGAAUGCACGACGAUGUUUUUGAAGGCCGGUGA